AUGAAUAAAAAAAAGUCUAAUCCAUUACUAAAAAUUCAAAAUAACCCUGAGGACCAAAAUCUUAUAGUUCCAGUUUACGUUAAUCAGAAAUUCGAAUUCUUAGAUGAGAUAAAAAAUGUCAAUGAUGUCUACACAUUUCAACAUUUUGUUAAAAUUCUUUGUCGGAAUAUUAGUAAUUUUGAUAACCAAUGGGGUAAGAACAACAUACAAUAUUCUUUGGAUAUCACGAGUGAGACUUUUUUGGAUUCUAAAUACAACUUGAUGAAUUUAUGGACAAACAUGAGAUAUUUCAACAUCAACAUCUUAUUCAUCUUGGUAAAGAAUCAUGAGCAUGUAUCCCAUAUGGAGGAGCUUUUUGGUGAUGUUAUUAUCACAAUUGAUCCGAUAUAUGAUUUAAUAUUUAGAUACCAUUCGGAUAACAUUCAAGAAUUUACAACUAUACUUCAAAAAUUUAAUCCACAAACUUUUCUCAACAUUUGUAAAAAUCACAAAAAUGCUACUAUUUAUGAUAAAAUAUCUUUAAAUUCAUGUUUCAAUGUUAAGAAUAUCAAGAUUAAAAAGAGGAAUUUAAUGGAAUAUCAGACCAAAUUAACACACAAAGAAAUCGACAUCCUAAUUUUUAGAUAUCUGAAAGCUGGGAAAUAUAUUAGGAAACGGAAACUAAGAGGUG